CUUUGGUUUAUGAUGGCCACUUCAGCAGUACCAACCUUUGCCCCCAAGGGAGCUCCCAUCAGCUGGGUGGAGGCACCAGGUCAUCUCAGAGACCAGUGACUUGCUAGGGCCGGGAGCAGUCCUGCGUGUACAAACCAUGGGGACAGGGCGACGCAGCCAGUCCUUGCGAGGCCCACGGCCCUCCUAUGGCAAGCUCCAGGAGCCUUGGGGGAAGCCCGGGGGAGGCCAACUGCAUCGGGCACUGAGCCUCAGAGAGGGUCGUGAGAAGUCCAGACCCUCAGAUCGAGGCCCAGAAGGACUGGACUCGUCCUUUGAUCAGGAGCGGCGGCCAGGAGGCCUGGGGGACACGGAGCAGCUGAUCCAGGCUCAGCAAGGAGGCAGCCGGAGGUGGCUGAAGCAAUAUCAACAGGUGAGGAGGCGGUGGGAGAGCUUUGUCGCCAGCUUCCCCGCCGUGACCCUGAGCAGGCCGGCCUCCCCGCAGCCCCCUCUGGGCACCACCAGCUAAGGAUGCUGGAAGCCGCGCGGCCCCUGCUGGACUCAUGAGACGACGAUAUCUACUGACCCACCUCUUCAUGGCCCUGCUGGACUGUGGAUGAAGGGGCCUCCUCUACGGGGACAGCUCUGGCCUUCCUCACCCGGCCCCGAGGCCCCUGGCACUUGCUCGCUCAGGGCCCUGUGCUGCCCUCCGCUCUGGUCUUCCAUGCCCAGGCUCCCUCGCAGCGAAGACCCCUCACGCGGCUGAGAAGAAGGGAGCUCCGUUCCUUCCUGGUGGAUUCUACCCUCUGGAGAAUGUCACGGAGCCCCCCCCCCCCCCAACAGUGACAUGUAGGAGGGCCUUAGAAGCCUGCCCAGACGUGGGGGUGUCGCCGCCCCUGGUCCCCACACAAGACCAGUCGCAAACCUUCAGGACAGAGCUCGGUGAAGCCAGAACCAUGGCUGAGAGGCUCCCCAAACUGCCCUGUCACUGGGCCAUGUCCCUCCUGCCCUUCCUUCCUGCCAGCUGAUGGCAGUGGGGCGGGGGGUGGGGGGGCAUGGGCCUCUCUCACAGCCUCUGAGCCCCCUGAGGGCUAGGAGCGGGUCUGGGUGGUCCUCGGUGCCCACACACUGUGGCUGACAGGCUCAGGCCCGGAUAUUGUCACUUCGGUCCUUACAGUAUCCCAAUGAUGGAAGCAGGGGAGGCCUUCCCUCCCCUGUGACAGAGGGGGAAACUGAGGCCCAAGGAGGGGGAAGAGAUUGUUAUCUUUGGCACCUCUGGCCCCGCCCCACCCAGUUCCCAACACUGGGGUUGAA